GCGCAAUGAAGCUCACGGAUUUAAUAAUGGCGGCUGCUAGUGCUACAGCUACGGUAGUUAAAAAAUUCAUACACGUUUUAGUAAUUUGUUUUCUACUUCGUGAAGUACGUGGAAAUUUGCCGACAUUGACUGUUUCUGAUAUCAGGACUAAAGUAGUAGAGAAAUGUGUCAUUGCUGUUUUCCCCUCAGAUGAUGAAAAUUUACUGCAGACUGCAGAAGAGAUCGGGCAGCUAUUUCAACCGGCGCAGGUCCGCUCCAGGAUGCCGGGAGUUUCGGGGCCUGGGGAAGGUAGGAAACCGCUCGCAACGACCGAAGCUCCAGUUACCGUGGGAAUUGUGGAAGAACCGAUUGAUGUGAACGAUGAUCGUUUGAAAAUAAAGAAUUCUGCCUCUGAAUCCAAAGAUAAUUCAGUUAUUAUAUUUCCACCAAUUAAGAAGGAUCGUACAUGCCUCCUACCACCACCAAAAUCAUUCUUGACAGGGGAAGUGUAUCGGGGGCCGAUCAGUAAAGCACUCUUGUUGGACUUCAUCAAUAUCCGAUGUCUUACCUAUGUUGAUGUUAAUGGAGGUCUGAACAUAGAGGGCCUACACAGACAGGGUAUUUUAGACACAAUGUUCUACAUGCGCUAUCUUCCAGAAAGUGUGAAAAUGGCCAAACUUUCAAGCUCAUGUGGAAAAUGUGAUAAACCUGGUGGUGGUUGCUCAGAAAGUUCGAAAGAAAGCACGACGGAAGAAGAAAGUUGUCACAAAGAGAAUGUUCCCUCUGAACCAACUGUUGAUGACUUUGAAGAAAAUCUACAAAUUGAUGGAUCAGAAACUUUUGCUCAUAAAGCUACAAAGUAUAGUCAAGUUCUUAAUACACCAAUGGCGGAGUGUGAGCGGAUAUCAGAUCCAGCGAAAGAAGACUUUAUAAACUAUUACCUGAAGCGAUCUCGCCCAGUAGUGAUUCCCAAUGGAGCGAGCCAUUGGCCGGCAUUCACAAAGUGGACAAUGGAAUACCUUCGAGAGAUGUAUGGCAACAAGUCGGUCCACAUCAAAUUGGCUCCUGAUGGUGUCUUUGAAGGAGUUGAACCAGCGACAUUGUGGGAGGAUUACGGUCAAUUCUCUGUUCCCGAGCAAGUGAGCAGCCAGUUGCUGUAUCCCGAUCUUGUCGUCGUCAGGCCUGCUACACAGAACGUGAAGUUCUCAGAGUUCUUGGACCUGAUCCAAAAUUCCAGCAAUGCAAAGAAAAGUGAAAGAGACAAAGAUCAGCCAAGAGUCUCCAUCUACCUCGAGUAUUCCUCCAUCCCUUCCCACUUUCCAAAGUUGGAGGAAGACGUUGAAGAUCCGCCGUACAUCCAGGAUGUCCUUGAUAGACGGCACCUCAACAUCUGGCUCAGCGACGGUGACACUCUAGGCAAACUACACUUUGACCCCUUUGAUAACUUCCUGUGUCAGUUACGAGGCAGGAAGGAGCUCACUCUCUUUGAGCCCCAUAACAACACCCAGCUCUACGAGGCCCACAUUCCAGAGGCCCUGCUAGGCUUUGAUCCGGCCACUCAGAGAUUUCGGCGUAAGAAACUGAUGGACAGCACAUCCAUGGUCAUGUCACCAGUAGACAUAAAAGAUCCCGAUUAUAAGAGGUUUCCUGAGUUUGCUGAAGCUCGGCCAUUAAACUGUACAUUGACGGAGGGUGACAUUCUGUUUAUGCCAGCAUUCUGGUGGCAUGAGGUUCAGUCCUACCCAAAUGAAAUCGAAGGGAGGAAUCUGGCAGUUAAUUUUUGGUAUGAACCCUUCUUUUCCAAAGAAUUUCCCUGUCCAGAAUGCAAACUAGAUGUCAACCCUUACUACAGACAUCUUCUUCGUGUUGAGAACGAACAUUAUAGAGAAGACGAUUACUUUGAAGACUGACUUUGAAGUCCAGGAUUUGUUGGCAGUGGCAAUAUUGAUUCAUGCAGGUAACGUUGUGCAAUCCAAAUCUUUUGGUAGCACAGAUAUAUGUUUUGAGUUAUGAGAAAUUCAAUUCACAAAAAGGUAUCCAUGUAUAACACAUGUUUUGUGAAAUCUGGUCUACAUAAGUCACUUACAUGUAUGUAGACCAUAUUUUAAUUGGGUCACUUGCUUUGACUUGGGUAUAUAUUUGACAUAUUAAAGGUUGAAUUACAGUGCAAGCUUACCCUUUUUAGUAUGUGGUAUUUUAUGAUAAAUAAUGUUUUUUUUUUUUUAAUGUUGAAACAUAGUGAUUUCAGAGAAGCAGGGCCUAUAUUCCUACAAUAAGAAUUUUAAUCUGUGAGUUUUAAUCAUAUAAUAU